AUGAAGCGGGUCGCGCGUCGCGUCCAGAGCUGGUCCUCGAGUCGCGAGGAGGUCCGACUGCGCUUUCGCUGCACCGAGUGCGGCAAAUGCUGCACAGGCCGCGGCGGACGCGUCCGUGUGAACGAUAGGGAGCUGCAGGAUCUGGCAGAAGCCACGAACUUGUCGCGAGCGGAGCUGGAGCGGAGCUGUACGCGCACAAUCGUCGAGGACGGCGCUGACGGGCACAAGAAGACGCAAGUGGUGCUAAAGCAGACGACGGACGACCGUCAGUGCAUCUUCCUGCACGGAUCAAAGUGCUCCGUGUACCAAGCGAGACCGACGCAGUGUCGGACGUUUCCAUGGUGGCCACAACAUCUCGUGUCGGAUUAUGACUGGCGACUUGCAGCGAAGGACUGCGAAGGCAUUUCCGUGGACGACGAAAGAGACGGGCAAGAACGCACUCCCAGUUAUUCGCUUGAUGAUGUGAUGCCGGAAGUUGUCAUCCAUGAUAUCCACCGAUCGGGUGAAAACUUUACCUACAAAGAGCUGCAGCAAAUGCUGUGUGACUUGCGGGAAGUGGAGCCGGAGGUGGUGCUGCAGUACAAGGCUGAGUUUUUUGACAAGUUUUCAAGACGAGUGGUUUUCAACGACGACGAGGUCACGGUACUGGACAGCUUGAUUGAUGGACCCUCGCGUAGCUUUGUGUUCAAUAACCGGUUACAAUUGACACAGAGCGAGGUGGCACUGUGUCGAAUGCCGGACGCUCGGGCUGACGCCGAGCCAGAAUUCGACCGGACGGCGUUGGCUCUUGAGGUGCAUCGAGCGCUGUGCAUGCCUCUCGCGUGGCUUCUGAAGCGUGACAAGAAGCCACGACCAUUGCGUGUGUCGGUUUUGGGAGCCGGAGCUUGUACGCUUCCGUUGUUUCUUCUAGAACAUAUCUCCCCUCGCGAGCUUGGCCGACUUGACGCUGUCGAGCCAAGCAAUCGAGUGAACGCUAUUGCAAAGCGCUUUUUUGGAGUUACUGCAGCCGUACAGAGCGACCAGCGACUAGUGAUACACGAGAAAACGGGCGAGGACUACCUCGCAGAGCAAAACGAGGAUGCUGCGUUUGAUUUGUUGGUGCUGGAUGUUGAGAGUGGCGAGAACUGCGCUGGCGUGCUAGCGCCACCGUUGGCAAUGCUGGAGUCAAACUUCUUGAUUACGGCAAAGCGUGUGCUCGUGCCUCGUGGUAUCUUAGCAAUAAACGUGAUUGCUGAAUCCCAUGCAGCGCUAGAGCAAGUGGAAGCCAAGCUCGGGCACGUCUUCUCGCAUGGGCUACGUCUCUCGCUGUCAGCGAACACGACAUACUUCCUCUUUAAUGAGGAGUGCGACGAUGACGCCUGCUUGGAGGUGGACAAAUACGGCCGGCUGGUCAAAGAUAGUGUGUUCCAGACGCAGCACGCGCAGACACCAGCACUGUUGGAGCGAUGCCAGCUGACUGCAUGGAACUCGCCCAGCGCACGUUGA